GAGGCGGGGGGAGACGUGCCUUGGGCGCCGGCUGCCGGGGCUCUUCCAUUCACUCGCUCCUUGGCUCUGCCCGGAGGCAGUCGUCAUGUGGCUGUACCUGCUCCUGGGCGCCUUGGUGCUGCUCCUCCUCCUCCUGGGCACCUUGCUGCUGGGCUUCCAGGGACAGCACUCCCGGAGCCCCUUCGAGGAGGACGCCCGCCGGCCCCCGGAGCCCCUCGUGACGGACAAGGAGGCGAGGAAGAGGGUCCUCAAGCAAGGCUUCUCCAGAGACAAAGUUCCUGACCAUCUGGAUGCUAUUGUCAUUGGAAGUGGAUAUGGAGGCCUGGCUGUAGCUGUGAUGCUUUCUAAAGCUGGGAAGCGGGUUCUAGUCUUGGAACAACACGGGAAGGCAGGAGGCUGCUGCCAUACCUUCAAUGAGAAGGGUUAUGAGUUUGAUGUAGGGAUCCAUUAUGUGGGACAGAUGGAGGAGGGCUCCAUUCUGCGCAUGAUGAUUGACCAGCUUACAGAUGGGCAGCUCCAGUGGGCCAAGAUGGAUUCUCCCUUCGAUACGUUGAUCCUCGGGGACCCUGAUGUUGGCAAGCGGUAUUACCUACAUAGUGGGGAGACAGAGUACAUUCAAGGACUAAAGAAACAGUUCCCCGGAGAAGAGGCUGCUAUCGAUAGAUUUGUGACACUUGUAAAGAAAGUUUCCAAAGGAUGUGCCCUCAUGGCUAUACUGAAAAUGCUCCCGAUCCCCUUGGUCAUGUUUCUGCAUCGCAGUGGCUUGCUGGCCUUGGUCUGUCCUUUCUUCAGGAUGUUGUCCAAAAAUGUUUUGAACGUCGUAGCUGAGAUAACUUCAAAUGCAGACCUGAAGGCAGUGUUCACUUAUAUCUUCCCUACCUAUGGAGUGAUCCCUUCCAAGGCCAGCUUUUCGUUACAUGCAGUCCUUGUUGAGCACUUCUUCGGAGGUGGGUGGUAUCCUCAAGGAGGCUCCAGUGAAAUUGUAUUUCAGUCCAUCCCCAUCAUUGAACGAUCGGGCGGGACUGUUCUGACCAAGGCACCUGUACAGAGCAUCUUGGUGGAUCCUCAAGGAAAAGCAUGUGGUGUAAGUGUAAAGAAGGGUCAGGAUAUUGUGAACAUCUAUGCACCUGUGGUCAUAUCUGAUGCUGGCAUCUUUAACACCUAUGAGAAGCUGUUGCCAAAUGAAUUAAAAGUUUUGCCAGGGAUUCAGAGCCAGCUUUCCAUGAUGCACCAUGGCAUAGGAGGCCUCUGCGUCUUCGUUGGGCUCAAAGGUUCUAAAGAGGAGCUGGGAUUUGAAGCAAAAAAUUAUUACAUCUAUCAACAUAACGACCUCAGUGAAGCGUUCGUUACUUACCUCAACUGUUCCCGAGAAACUGCUCCAAAGAAUAUCCCUUUAGUAUACAUUGGAUCAUCAUCAGCUAAGGAUCCACUCUGGGAGAAGAGAUAUCCAGGCAAGUCCACCCUCAUUAUCCUGGCGGUCACAAAGUAUGAAUGGUUUGAGGAAUGGAAGGAAGAAAAGGUCACAAAGAGAGGAGUGGAUUAUGAGAGCGUCAAAAACAGUUUUGUGGAUAGUAUAAUGGACACUGUUUUGAAGGUUUACCCUCAAAUAAAGGAUAAGAUUGAGCAUGUCUCUGCUGGGACACCUCUCACCAACUGCCAUUACAUAGCUUCUCCACGAGGAGAAAUGUACGGUGCAGAACACAGCAUUUCCCGUCUCCAGGUAGAAGUCACAACAACGAUUAGGCCACAGACUCCUGUCCCAAACCUCUAUCUGACAGGUCAGGAUGUUUUUCUAGGUGGGUUUCCAGGAGCACUUCAUGGAGCCCUUGUCUGCGCUUCUGCUGUCCUCCAGCGCAACGUCUAUGUCGACCUGGUGCGGCUACGGAGAAAAAUGAAAGCCACGAACAACAAGAAGGAAAACUGAGCCUCAUCCUCCACCUUGUGACAAUACCUCGGUCUUCUUUCUUGAUGUAGAGAAUGAUUUUAAAGCUUUCUGGGUUCUGCAUUCUCCUUAGUAGGGGAUGCUCACUCAUUCUGAACCUAACUUGGUUUGCUACUAUGGACAGUUCCAGUUCACCAACACAACUGUGGGAGAUGCAUUGUGCAACUAUCAUAUGUAGACACACUAGAGUUCUAUGUAGAUGUAAAAGCACUUUUAGUACACAAGUGGCUAUUCCUCCAAUAUCUUAUUGGUAUUGCACCACUGCGGCUGCAGCAUCUAGAGCUGCUUCUGUGCUAUGCAGCUGCUACUACAACCACUAGUAUGUCCCCACCUUCCUAAGUUGUUGAGAUGGCUUCUAUCCAGCAACCUAUGGCUGUUGUCCCACUGCUCAGAUGCGUAGCUCAGCAGUGGGAAAUAUACUUGGAAUGCAGAAAGCCCAAGGUUCAGUCACCGGUGUCUCCAUUUACAAGAUCCUCAGGUAUUAACUGGUGGGAAUAAGCGUCUUCCUAAGUCUCUGAAUUUGUAUUUAUUUAUUAAUCCCUUUUCUGCUCACCUGCACCCUAAAGUGUUGGGACACGAAUAUG